CGUCAUUGGAGGGGUCACGUCAUUAAUCACCCACUCCAGCGACUUGAACACUGCGGGCUUUCACCAUUUUCGGAACUUUGCUUCGCGACAUCUGUUCCAAGAAAUAAACCACGGAGCCAACCGAGAUGACGAACGUCGACACUUCUAUUGGGGCUCGGGCCACCGGUGCCGCUGCCCGGUUCGUGGCCGAGCACUUGGAAGAGCACCCGCUGAAGCUCUACGGAGGCUGGUUCUGCCCCUUUGUGCAGCGAUCAUGGAUCGUGCUACACGAGAAGCAGAUCCCGCACCAGUACAUCGAGAUCAACCCUUACAAGAAGGACCCCGAGUUCCUCAAGAUGAACCCCCGUGGCCUGGUCCCGACCCUGGCCGUCCCUGUGGACGUCAAGGGCAACGAGCAACGACCAUUGUACGACAGCACGGUGCUCUGCGAGUAUCUUAACGAGGCGUAUGCUGGCAAUAACUACGGACCGCAUCUCCUUCCGGAGACACCUUAUGACCGCGCGAGGUGCAGGCUGUGGAUAGACCACAUCAACUCGCGCAUCGUGCCGGGCUUCUACAAAUUCAUCCAGCACACCCCGGAAAAGGAGUACAGCAUCGAACAGGCCCGAGAAGAGUUCUUGAGUAACAUCAAGACCUUCACCAAGGAGAUGGAUCCCGAGGGACCCUGGUUUCUAGGCCAAACUUUCAGUCUUGUCGACGUCAUGCUUGCCCCCUGGGCGAUGCGGUUAUUUCUCUUAGACCACUAUAAGCCGGGGGGUCUUGGGAUUCCUACCAAAGGAGAAGACGAGAACGAAAACAGGAUCUGGAAGAGAUGGGGUCAAUGGUACAGUGCUAUAGAAGAAAGACAAAGUGUGAAAGACACACUCAGCGACAAAGACGCCUACAUCGAGGUGUACAAGCGGUACGCCGAAGACAAGACGAACUCCGGGGUAGGGCAGGCGACUAGAGGUGGAAAGAGUCUGCCUUGAGUAGUGAAUUCAAAGAGGGGUUCUUCAGAGUGUGAUGCCCCUGGCUCUGGGUAAAACGGACUGAAUCUGUAUCUCUUAUCCGUUCAUCAAAACACACCAUGCCAGGGACCAGACUGACUAAUUUAACCCUCGUGAAUCCUUCGCCUUGUGAUUCCGUCU